UGUCUGGUGCCCACUUCCUGAAUUCACAGCAACAGGAGCCAACGGACAUUGCAGCGUUUCAUCUAGAGCCGUUAAGCACCGGACAAGCUUCGGGUUUUCACCCCUGCACCGUGGGCUCGGGUGGAGGAGUGUCCCCGCCGUGUGAGAUGGUGGAGACUCCGGCUGCGUGUCUCUUUGAGGACAUCCAGUAUGAAGACAUCCAAGUUGAAGCGGCUGUUGGCAGAGGGACAUUUGGAGUUGUCUUUAAGGCCAUAUGGAAAGGAAAGGACGUAGCAAUCAAGACCAUCGAGAGUGAGAAUGAGAGGAACGCUUUCCUUGUCGAGCUCCGCCAGCUCUCCCGGGUGAAUCACCCCAACAUCGUGAAACUGUACGGCUCCUGUGACAAUCCAGUGUGUCUGGUCAUGGAGUACGCAGAAUGUGGCUCUUUAUAUAACCUCCUGCACAGUGCAGACCCGCAGCCACACUACACAGCCUCCCAUGCCAUGAGCUGGUGUCUGCAGUGCGCCCAGGGAGUCGCCUACCUGCACGCGAUGAAGCCAAAGGCCUUAAUUCACCGGGACCUCAAACCACCAAACCUGCUCCUGGUGGCUCGUGGCACUGUGCUGAAGAUAUGUGACUUUGGAACAGCUUGUGAUAUUCAGACCUACAUGACCAACAAUAAAGGCAGUGCAGCCUGGAUGGCUCCAGAGGUGUUUGAAGGCAGUAACUACAGUGAAAAGUGUGACGUGUUCAGUUGGGGCAUCAUCCUGUGGGAGGUCAUCACACGCAAGAAGCCCUUUGAUGAGAUUGGCGGCUCGGCGUUCUGUAUAAUGUGGGCCGUCCACAGAGGUACACGUCCUCCUCUGAUUAAAGACCUCCCAGAGCCCAUUGAGACCCUGAUGACCCGCUGCUGGGACAAAGAGCCCAGCCAGAGACCAUCCAUGGAGGAGGUCAAGAACACUAUGAGCAAUCUCAUGAAGUACUUUCCAGGCUCUGAUGAACCACUCAAGCUCUCUCACCAGUCUUCGGGCAACAGAAGCGGCUCCUCAUCAGCCACAAGCACAGGCUCGUACGCUGACUACACCAUCAACAGUAACAGGAGUGACGACAACACAGAACACAGGAACUCUGUGGGCAGAGAGGAAACCCUGAAAAGCUUUGAGGCCAAAUUUCCACUCCAGUUCAAACCCUCAAAGACAGCCACACUGCGGACAGGUCUGUCCAGGGUGUCCAGCGUAGACAGUCAACCGGGACGCUCCCAGAGCCCCACCCACUGCACCAGCCCAAUAACCACCAACACCGGCCAAUCAGAGCUGAGGAUGACAUUUAGUCCCACAGCUACCAAUGGUUUAGACAGCUCCAUUCCUAUGGCCUACCUGAAACUGGAUCACCAGUUACAAGUCAGCCGCUUGAGUAUCUCCUGGCCUGAGCGGGGCUACUGA